AUGAGAAUUUAUGAAUGUCCAUUGCCAUCAGAUGAAGCAAGCGCAUUAGCUGUUAUUUUUGAAUUACAAAUGCCUAUUGAAAUCAGAUGUUAUCGAGAUAUUCUUUGGCAGUUUAUCAAUCGUCCUAAUCCAAAUCCAAAAAUUGAGAUGUAUGAAUGGCUUAACGUUUCUCCUCAUGCCAAAAAGCUAGAACCAUUCUAUACUGGUCCAAGCGAUUGCAAAGUCAAAUUAGUCUCUCAAACUAAACCCAUAACGCUAAGUCACUAUGCUUAUAUAUCAAUUGCAUCUGCAACUAUUGAAUCCGUUUUGCAUGAGAAUAGUCUGAAAGUUCGAAUUUCACCAACUAAACCAAUAAAAUUGGAAGAUGAAUGUCAUAUAUUAACACUUCAACUUGAACAUCUAGAUUACAUCCAGCUACAAUUUACUCUUAAUAAUACGAAGUUCGUACAAAAUCAUUUUAUUGCAAAAUUGCCUAAUUGUCCUCUAGGAUUGAAACCUACGCAAUUUGUUGAAUUUGGUUCAUUUCGAUCAGGACAUCAUUUACAAUGGUGGAAUCUUUUGACAAUCCUAGAAAUGAAUUCUUUAUCUAUUGCUGACGAGAGUGUGGCAAUAUUAAUUAUACAUUCAAUAUUACAAUACGGUCCAUGCACAUCAAAUUCAAAUACAGUUUCUAAUUAUUGGUGUUCAGAAUCACAUGAGCAGUUAUUAGAAGAUCAUUUUGUAGAUGAAUUAAUCUUAAGAUUAGAUCGUCAUUUAGAUGAUUGCAAAUUCAAUUGGAAGAAUGAAUUGGUGUUAGUGGUUUUAACGAUGAUUACAAUGAGAAUAUUAACCAUCUGUCAUUUUACGAGACAAGAUCAAGUUGCUGAUUUAGCAUUAAAAUGUCGUACAACUGGUGAACAAUGGAUUGAUCUUAUUUCGGAGAGCAUUUCAACCUUAUCUUCAUCAACUUUUAAUGAAGUGGAGAUACUUCGUCGUAAAAUGAUAACUAUUGGUGCCUGUUGUCUCUUAACAUUUUUAACUCAUAUAGAUCGAAUUAGCUGUCUUAAACAUCGACACUGUAACGAGAAAUAUUUCAUAUUAGGGAGAUCAUUCUAA